CUUGGUGUAUGGAUAAGAGACUUAUUUGGAAAACUCAUGGAGAAAAAAUCAUCUGUAAAUGUGAGAAAGUGAAUAACAUCCUCAGAAGUCUAGCAGGAAGCGUGUAUGUAAAUCAGAUGCAGGAUGAAUAUAUGCAGGUUUUCACAGAUGGGUCCAAGGAUCCAGUCUCAGGGAAAGCUGGGUUUGGUAUGUAUGUGGUUAAUCUUCAGAUCUGACAGUGUCCACAUAUCUGAUCAUUUGUCUGUUUUUACUUCUGAACUUUUGGCUAUUUUAUGGGCCAUAUGGUGGGUUGUGGAGGUUCAACCUCCAAAGAGUUGAAUCUGUUCUGACUCGGCAGCUGCCUUGUUGGCAUUGAAAGAGGGUUCUUCAGCAUCUGGUCCUGAUUUGGUUCAGGAGAUCCUCUGCUGUUUACUUCAGGUUGAGAAUUUGGGGUGUCAGAUUCAGUUUUUAUAGGUACCAGGUCAUUCAGGGAUUGAGGGGAAUGAAAUCUCUGACACACUUUCAAAGGAGUCUCUCUUCAAACAGUGUAUUGAGAUGAAUGUUCCUUUGGGGAAAGGUGAAUGUUAUAGUGUUUGUAAAGAAAAGUUAAAGUGUCAGUGGCAGAGAGAAUGGGAUGAAAAGAGAAAGGGCAGGCAUUUUUUCUCUCUGCAACCAUCAAUAAAAAGGAAAAGGCUACUGCUAAAAUGUUGUAGAAAGGAUGAUGUAGUUUUAACUAGGCUGAGGUUAGGACAUUGUGGUCUGUCCAGUUAUUUAAAGGUCAUCAGUAAACACCCUGAUGGUCUGUGUCAGUGUGGAAAGGAGGAAACAGUCCGUCAUCUUGUCUUUGUUUGUGUAUAGAAUGAAAGAAGUCAGUUAUUCAGGGAGUUAUCUGACCUGGGACUCUCAUCUUUCUCCUUUAAGUCUAUAUUUUCUAUACAAACGUUCAAUCUGUUGGGGGCGCAGCUCUUAGAUUCUUACAUGCUACUGGCCUGUAUCAGAAGAUAUGAAUGUAGUACACACUCCUAGACUGUGGGGGGCAGCAUUACACUCUACAGUGUACAGUCUGCUGGAAAACUAAUAGAAGAAGAAUAGAGGAUGUAGAGUUUAUUUCCGUCUCUUUCACAGAUACCACGUGUGUCUGUAACGUUGUGGGUUAUCAGAGUAUCAGAGUAACGUCAGUGUUGAGUUCUUCUUCUGUGACUCUUGGAUGUGUGUCAGAUGUCCGGGUUUCAGGAUCUUAAAGAUUUCUUCAGACGGCGGCUGCUCGCUGCGGUUAUCAGAGAUAUAUCAGAAACAACAACAUGUGGAUACGAAGAGGAGCUCCACCGACAAAGAAAAGUGCUGGAUGUGAUUUUAACACCUGAAAUCAAGCUGCAGAGAGCAGAUGUCCAGCAGCUGUUGGUGAGUAAAGAAGAGCUUCCACCUGAGCAGCAGGAGUGGAGCCACAUUCUGGACCAGGAGGACACUAAGCCCCGACACAUCAAAGAAGAACAUGAGGAACUGUGGAUCAGUCAGGAGGAAGAACAGCUUCAAGGACUGGAGGAGGCUGAUACCACCAAGUUCCCCUUCACUCCUGUCUCUGUGAAGAGUGAAGAUGAUGAAGAGAAACCUCAGUCCUCACAGCUUCAUCAGACACAAACUGAACAGAUGGAAACUGGAGCUGAUCGAGAGGACUGUGGAGGAGCAGAACCAGAGAGGGACUCAGAUCCAGAGAGAUGUUUACAACCAGAGACUGAGGUCGAGACUGAAGACUCUGAUGAACCUGAGACUGAUGACAGUGAUGAUUGGCAAGAGACAAGAGAAGAUCUGUCAGAAUUAAACUUGAAAAAUAAGAAACUAAAGACUGGUAAGAGACCACAUAGCUGCUCGGAGUGCGGUAAAAGAUUUAACCACAAAGGGUCAAUGAUCAAACACAUGUUGGUUCAUACAGGAGAGAAACCCUUCAGCUGCUGUUUGUGUGAUAAAAGAUUAAGUAGUAAGGGAAGUCUGACCACUCAUAUGAUGGUUCACACUAAAGAGAAACGCUACAGCUGCUCUCAGUGUGAGAAAAGAUUUACCCAUAAGGCCAGUCUGACAAAUCACAUGGCAAAUCACAGAGGGGAGAAACCCUUCAGCUGCACUGAGUGUGGUAAAAGUUUUACCCAAAGAGGACAUCUUGCCACACACAUGUUAGGUCAUACAGGAGAGAAACCAUUCAGUUGCUCUGUUUGCAGUAAAAGUUUUACCCAAAGAGGAACUCUGGCCACACACAUGUUAGGUCAUACAGGAGAGAAACCAUUCAGCUGCUCUCAAUGCAGAAAAACAUUUACUCAUAAGUCUAGUUUGACAUAUCACAUGGCAAAUCAUAGAGGGGAGAAACCCUUCAGCUGCCUUGAGUGCGGUAAAAGAUUUAACCGAAAGAAGGUUAUGACCAGACACAUGUUGGGUCAUACAGGAGAGAAACCCUUCAGCUGCUCUGAGUGUGGUAAAAGAUUUAACCGAAAAGACCUUGUGACCAAACACAUGUUAGUUCACACAGGAGAGAAACUCUUCAGCUGCCCUGAGUGUGGUAAAAGAUUUAAGCAAAAAUGGCAUCUGACCACACACAUGAUGAUUCACACUGGAGAGAAAUGCUAAUCCUGUGGAAUGGUAAAAGUGAUCCAAAGGAAUCCAAGUUAACAACAUCACUAAUGUGUAUUCAUAAGUAUGUAUUGACUAACAGCUGUUAUAAAGGGAUAUAAGACAAAUCUACUGACAGAAAUCUGUCUCUACUUUUUUGACAUUUAUGUUUUGUUGCUGACAUAUGAACCAGUUAGUUGGGAGCAGCUAUAACAUUUGAAUUGAAAGGGAUUCAAUGAAACAGUUACAGUGUAAGGAUCCUUCUUCUCUUGAUGUCUUCUCUUC